AAUGCAUUUUCUGCAAUAGUUUGACAUUCUGAAACCCGACGUCUAGCACAAUUAGGUCGUCGGCCGGCCCUUUGGGCAUAUAUAACACAGCAAUUUGCUGACACUGCACAACAUGGAAAAGCUAGAAAUAAUCACCUUGAAAACACAAGGGGGCCAAACGGCGCAAGUUUCAGCUUACGGGGGACAGCUUUUGACUUGGCGCAACGAGGAGAACCAGGACUACCUUUUCCUCAGCAAAAACGCGGUCUUCGAUGGACACAGGCCAAUACGUGGCGGCGUGCCUAUCUGCUACCCUGAGUUCACCAAGGUUGGGCCCGGAUGGUUGACACCGGAUGGUCGUGGAUUUGUACGGAACAAGUUCUGGUUGGUCUGGGACAAGAGCGACACUUUCGCCACUCUGGAGUUGUCGCACGGGGAUAGGAUGAAUAACGAGGGCUACCCGUUUUACUUUGAGAUAUUCAAUCACAUCGAGCUGCGUGAUGACCACCUGGAGCAGCACCUUUCGGUCAUCAACAAGGGCUUGACAUACAAUCCGUUCACGGCCGCACUUCACACCUACUUCGCCGUCAGUGACAUCAGCAACGUGAAGGUGGAGGGGCUGCAGGGCCUGACUUACGAGGACAGCACUGAUAGUCUGACCAAGAAGCGCGAGGAGGCGGCCGAGGUGGUGUUCCCGGGAGAGGUGGACCGCAUCUACAUCAAGACACCGGACGUGAUGAAGGGGAACCCGUGGAAAGAGCUGCAACGAUGGGCGGAGGUGCAGCACCGUAUCCAUCACAAGCCCUUCCCUUCCCUCCAUUCUCCGCUUCCCACUCUGACUUUUCUUCGACGUUUCAAAUUUGAUUACCAUCAGAUCCAUGACUCCGGGGCUCCGGGUGGAGGUCGAACCUACGAGGUAUGCAAACAGGGCUUCCCUGAUGCCGUACUUUGGAACCCGGGUGCGAAGCGUGGGGCCUCCAUCUCCGACCUGGGGGAUCCCGAGUGGCGGCGCAUGGUGUGCUUGGGGCCCGGCCAUAUGCAUUGGGAAAAGAGGUCGACAGCUGCUAAGCUGCCUAACUUCCGUUUUGGAUCGGGGAAGGAGCAAAUUCGAGACCUGGAGGCCUUAUGUAGCUGCGUGGGGCAUCGUAGACUGCUCACCGUGCGCCACGGGAACAAACAUAUGCUUAUGGUUAACUGGUUUCGUUGUGCAUCCGACUAUGAUGAGCUACGUGGCGAACUGGAAUCGCACAAACGUGCAGGAAAGUUGCGAGCCAUUCGCGCCUACGACGAAGAGGCCCCGAUGGUGACCGGAGACUGGAGAGAAUUUCGUGCUAAGCUUAUCAUGCAGUCAGGUGCGAGACGAAGUGAGGACAAUCGGCGUCUCCUGGAAAUACAAAACCCUUCUUUGGCAGCGGAGGGCCUCUGGGCCCAUGCCACUUCCCGCCCCGAAACCGGUGGCCUCGUAAUUGCCAGCCUCCAGGGUCCCACUAUCCUUAACGAUGAUCGGCUCUGGCAGGUGGUCGUCUUUCUUACUUCCCACGGCGCCGAUGGGUCAGUGGGCCUUAUCCUCAACCGCCCCACCGGCAUGGUCCUGGGUCGCAAGCCGGGAGGUCUGCCCCUGGAGCUAGGGGGCCCCGUUCCCGUACAACGCGUGUUCCAAGACAACCGAGUGUACUGCGGGGGAUUCACCGCGCAACAGCUGGUAGCGGUGAUUCACAUCAUGCACGGGCAUCGACUGAAUCAUUGCGUACAAGAGGGUCGUCUUCCCUCCACUGAUUUCAAAUUCUUCGCGGGAGCUCUGACCUGGGCGCCGGGGCAGCUCGAGGAAGAGGUGGCUAAAGGAGCCUGGUACCCCGCCGCGUGUUCCCGUUCCCUGGUGCUGAAGCCUGCGCUACAGCUGCCAGUUCCUCUCUGGCGGGAGGUGCUACAGCUGAUGGGGGGGCAGUACCUGGGGGUCGCGAGGGAGGGAUACGAGGGGGACGAGGUUGGUAAGUCGUCAACUUUCUGCGCUCCCUCCUAA